UUCAGCUUGAUUGAGGGUAAACCAUCUACUCAGCAGAGUUUGAGGUCAUUUGGAGACCAAGUGAACCAUUUUAUCCAAGUUCUAGAACCCAUCUUCAAUACCUUUUUGUCCAGUUUACUGAUGGUUGUUCUAUCUCCGGAAGCUAUACAGCAGACAAUAUAACAGAAAGACAUUCCAUAUCUUGGAAGUAAUCUUCCCUUAAUCCUCCCAUCCACAACCCAUCUUUACGUCAAUACAUCUGCACAUGCCGCUUCCCAACUUUCCAUACAAACAACGAAUAGUCACUUCUCCUCAACCAACCUACAGUCCCCCCAGAACUCUACUCUCCUAGCCCACUUUCAUCUCACUACUUUACUCUCUUAACCCCUCUUCACCUCUCUCAUCAUCCCUCAACCGUAGUCAUGUAUACCAUCAUGGAUACCUGGACCGCCACCGCCACCACUACCACAAUGACGGCGUGUAAGUCAGUCGCCGCGACAUUUUUCUCCACCACCGCCGCCAAGCUCUCUCAUCGGCGUCGCCAAUACAACACCAAAUGGUGUGAUGGCGCUGAUGGGAACAGCGACUACGACUUCUGCGCGGUCGAAGACGAGGAAGAGAAAGAGAACGAGAACGAGUGCUGGUGGGAAGACUCUGUGACCGAGGACUAUGACAUGCUGCUGGAAUUCUCAAACGAGGAACCUCACAAACAGAAACCUCCCGUUCCCAGCAUCACGCUCACAACCACUGAGGGCAACGUCUUCUUUGGCAAUGCCAUCCCGCAGGGGGCAUGUGCCCAUCAGUCUCGCGAGUCCUUGAACCUGCAAAUUCAACACGCCGCCAACGCAGAGACCUAUCUCUGUCCCGGCAAUCGGAAGCAGAUCCGCGACGACAACCGCCCUUGGCAGGAGGAGGAGGAGGAGUCAGAAGACGUAUCCUGCCGCCAAGACCUUCCCGUUCCCAGCAUCAUGCUCACCACCACUGAAGGCAACGUCUUCUUCGGCGAUGCCAUCCCAGAAAGAACAUGGUGCACCGAGCCCCGCGAGUCCUUGAACCUGCGCACACAAUACGUCGCCAACGCAGAGACGUUCCUCUGCCCAGGUGACUGGAGGCAGCUUCGCGAAGCCUACCGCCUGUGGCAGCAGCAGGAGUAUGAACUGGAGCUGGAGCAGAAGCGGGAGCAGCAGCAGCAGGAGGAAGAGGAGGAGUCAGAAGACGAGCUCCUUGACAGACCCCUUCCCGUUGUCGACAUCGUCCUCACCGCCCCAGAGGGCGACACCCUCACGGGCGACGAUAUCCCAGAGGGAAAAUGGUCCCAAAAGUCACAAGCGUCUCGGGAUCUGCGCAAACACUACGCCGCCACCGCAGAGACGAACCUCUGCCCGGGCAAAUGGCUGAAGAUCCGCGAGAACAACCGCCGUCAGCAAGCAGAAGACGCGGUACUCGCAGAUGAGAAGCGCGAGGAAGCGUUAUGCCCCAAGGGCAGCGGCAGCUGGCGGAAGCGCCUCACGUGCGUUAACGCACGCAGCCAACGACGCCAGGCGAGACAGCAGAAGCUCGAGGAAGCGGAGCGGCUCUGGCUAGAACAGAAGGAGGAGAUGGAGGAGUUUGUGGCCUGUCGGAUGGCCAAGGUUGAGGCGCUUGAGAGGAUUGGCGCGGCGAGGGAUUUCCCUGCUUGGAGUAGGAAGAUGGAUCGGCAGCAGGAGGAAGGGAUGAGGAAGCUCAAGAUGUUGAGGGAGGAGCUUGAGAAGGUAUUUGAGGGGGAUUACGAGGAGCAGAAUGAGGUUGAAGAAUGAGCAUAAAUUGGCUCUCCCUUCAGGUCUUCUUGGGUGCCACAGGUAUAUUCU